UUCAUACCCCCUUCUCUUUUGUCACUCGAAACCCUAGCUUCUCCUCGCCGCCGCUCAGUCUCUCAAAGUUUUUGUUUUGAAUUUUUUUUUUUGUUGAGAGAAGUUUUCGCAAGAUGGCGUCGAAAUUUUGGACUCAGGUUUGUACCAGAAGAAAGACAAGUUAGAAAGAAAUUGGAGAGAGUAAACUGGGCACAUAAUGGUGGAUUGGUGGUGGUCAGUAUUGGGGGCGGCUGUUCCGGCAGUUGUGGGAGGUCAAGCAUGGAGGAUGAAGAACAGGCGUGCGGAGGUGCAGAGAUUGAAAAGUGUAAGAGGGAGAGAGAAGAGCUCUGAUGAGAUAUUUGUUUGUGAAAGGGUGUGCACAUCUAAGAGAAUGUUAAAAAAGGUUGGGGCAUUUUCUAAAGAACCAACUCCUGAUACUUGUGUUACUGUUUGUGGAGUUUCUGAACUCGAUGCUUGUGCUGAUGCGUGUGCUCGAACUGUUUGUGUUAAUCAACACCAAGUUCCCAAUUGGAAUGAUACUUGUCUCAAGAGAUGCCAGAGUGAAUGCCUUAGGCUCUCUAGUUCUGCAUCUACGACGUCAUAGAAUGUUCACUAAAAUUGAUGAAAUAACAUUCUGGCUGAAUUUAUGCAGAUCUGUGUUUGUACUUUUUAAAUAAUAUGAAAUGGAUUGAUUGGGA